UCUUCAUACUGUGUUCUUCUCCUCCUUAGGCAACAAUGCCAUUGGUUUCCAUCUUCCUUUUCUCGCUCUUUUCCUUUUGUUUUACAUUAUAUAGAACAAAGGAAACACAAAGGAGAAUGGAUCUUUUAGCCUUUCUCAUUCUUUCGUCCUUUGUGGCUCAAACUCACGGGAGGAUGAAAGAACAAUGUUCACUCUAUCGCUACAAGGCCACGUUGUUGAAGCCAGAUUUUGGUGUGGACACGAGUCAUUUCAAGGUAUUCGAACAUGGCAAUAUUGAAACAAAUGUCUAUCCUCAGGAGGGCUUCAAGGAGAAAGAUAGGAUUGCGAGGCUGCCUGGACAACCCCCCGUAAAUUUCUCUCAGUAUGGCGGCUAUGUCACGGUGAAUCAAUCAGCAGGUCGUGCACUUUUUUAUUACUUUGUUGAAGCUCAGCAGCCUAAUGAUACAUUGCCUCUCCUUCUUUGGCUUAAUGGAGGUUUUUCGUCUCUUGGUUAUGGAGCAAUGCAAGAGCUGGGACCAUUUCGCGUGCACAACGACAGCAAAAGACUACACACAAAUGAUUUUGCUUGGAAUCAUGUUGCAAACGUUUUGUUCCUUGAGUCGCCUGCUGGGGUUGGAUUUUCCUACUCAAAUACUACAGCAGACUAUGAUAACACGGGAGAUAGAAGCACUACAACAGAUAAUUAUGUAUUUUUGUUGAAUUGGCUUGAGAGAUUUCCAAAGUACAAGAACCGGACUUUUUACAUUUCUGGGAGAGACUAUGCUGGGCAUCACGUUCCUCAGCUUGCACAAACCAUUCUCUAUCAUAACAAGAAGGCUAACAAGACUAUCAUCAACCUUAAGGGCAUCAUUAUUGGAAAUGCAGUAAUUAAUGAUGAAACUGAUAUAAAAGGAACAUAUGAUCACCUUGCGAGCCAUGUUUUCGCUUCGGAUCUAGAGGCGUCUCAAAUACAAAAAUACUGUGGUUUCUCACCCAAUGCCUCCAGGCAGUCCCCUGAGUGCACUGCAGCCAUAGAUGCAGUCGAAGAGGAUAUUGCCAACGGUCUUGAUCUGUAUAACAUCUAUGCUCCCAUUUGCUUCCCUAAAGGCGACACAGUCCAGCACCUUGAAGCUUCUGUACUAGAAUUUGAUCCGUGUAGCUUUGAUUAUGUGUAUGCCUAUUUGAAUCGGCCUGAUGUUCAAGAAGCUCUUCAUGCCAAUGUAACCAAACUUACACAUGACUGGGACAUAUGCAGUAGUUUCAUCAAAAAAUGGAAAGAUAGCCCGUCAACUGUCAUUCCCCUUCUGCGGGAGCUCAUGGCUAAUGGACUUCGAGUUUGGAUUUAUAGUGGUGACCUCGAUGGAACGGUUUCUGUUACUUCAACGAAGUACUCUAUAAAUAGUAUGAAGCUUCCUGUGAAGAACGAUUGGAGUCCAUGGGCCUACUUUGCAAAUGUGGCUGGAGGCUAUACAGAAGAGUAUGAGGGAGGCCUAAAAUUUGUGACAGUGAGAUUGGCAGGUCAGCAAGUUCCCAAGGACCAGCCUGCCAAAGCAUUUGUCAUGAUCAAGCACUUCCUUGAUGGCACACCUCUUCCUUUAAUUACUGGUUGAAAAUUAAAGAAUAUUAUUGACAAAGUACAUAUAUAAACAAUUCGAUAUUAUCAUAUUUUAUGUUCUUUGUCAUUUAUGUUGCACAUUGAACAAUUAAUGUAUAGCAAAUGUAAUUUGCCUCCAUAUUUA